UUGGGUCAUACUCAUAUCAGUGAUAUCACUACUUUACGGGUCGGGUUUUAACCCGAAUUUGAUUUUCUUCUUUCAUCUAUAUGCUACUUGACUCUCUGUCACUACACCAACAACGAAAAUGGCAGGAAAAAGCAAAGAAAAGAUGGAAGGAGGAAGAAGAGGGAGAGCUUGUGUUGUUGUUUUGGGUGAUAUUGGACGUAGCCCUAGAAUGCAAUACCAUGCUCUUUCACUUGCCAAUCAGGCUUCCCUAGAGGUUGACAUUGUUGCAUAUGGAGGUUCAGAGCCUCAUACUUCACUUUUGGCCAACCCAUCUAUUCAUAUUUACCAAAUGGUAUGUGUGUUGACUAAUCUUUUGAGGAUAAGUUUUACAAAAAAAGUUGAUGUAGUUUUUUUUGGAAAAUUCUCAAAUUUACAGAAGCAGUGGCCAACAGCCCGUCAGGGAUUACCGAAGAUACUUCAACCUUUCAUGCUUUUAUUGAAGCCCUUGUUUCAAUUUUUCAUGCUUCUUUGGUACCUUUUUGUCAAGAUACCUUCUCCUGAUAUUUUUAUUGUCCAGAAUCCUCCUUCAGUUCCAACUCUGGUAGCAGUAAAAUGGGCUAGCUGGUUUAGGAAUUCACCAUUUGUCAUAGAUUGGCAUAAUUUCGGAUAUACUCUACUUGGACUGUCCCUGGGAAGGAAUAGCCGUUUUGUCUCUUUAUACAAAUGGUUUGAGAAGCAUUAUGGGAAAAUGGCAGACGCUUCUCUAUGCGUAACAAAAGCAAUGCAGCAUGAAUUGGCUCAAAACUGGGGAAUUAAUGCUACGGUAUUGUACGACCAGCCUCCCGACUUCUUUCAUCCAACUUCACUGGAGGAAAGGCAUAAGUUGUUUUGCAGAUUGAAUGAACACUUUUAUGAUCCUCUUGGUGUUGGAGAUUGUGUUAGUAAUGGAACUUCACUGUUGAGUAGCCAAAUCCAAAAUGAAACCCUGUUUACAACUGAGGUUGGUUCAAACAUAUGUUUGAAGCCAAACCGGCCUGCACUUGUUGUAAGCAGCACGAGCUGGACUCCCGAUGAAGAUUUUGGCAUUCUCUUAGAAGCUGCUUUAAUGUAUGACAGACGUGUUGCUGCUAUAUUAAAUGAAGAUGAUUCAUUAGAUGAGGAGGUCAUUUGGAAAGAAAUAUCUGAUGGAAAACAAUGUUUAUAUCCCAGAUUGUUAUUCGUCAUCACCGGUAAAGGUCCUGAAAAAGCAAAGUAUGAGGCUAAAAUAAAGACAUUGAAACUUAAACGUGUGGCAUUCCGUACUAUGUGGCUGUCGGCUGAUGAUUAUCCAUUACUGCUAGGAUCAGCUGAUCUGGGUGUUUGUCUGCAUACUUCUUCAUCAGGAUUAGACCUUCCGAUGAAGGUUGUUGAUAUGUUUGGUUGUGGAUUGCCUGUUUGUGCUGUUUCGUACUCUUGCAUUAAAGAGCUGGUUAGUGUUGACAAAAAUGGUCUUCUCUUCUCUUCAUCUUCAGAGCUAGCUGACGAACUUUUGACGCUCUUCAAAGGAUUCCCCGACGAGUGCGAUUCUUUGAAGGUUCUCAAAUCAGGUGCACUAGAUACUGGUUCUUCAUCAAGGUGGGUUACUGAAUGGGAAGAACAUGCAAAACCACUGAUAACUGAGGUUAUAUCAAGAUCUUGAUUUUUUUUCGUGUUCUUAGAAGACAUGUUCAACUGCUUACAGCAAAAUUUGGUAGAUCUGUUGAUUUGUUGUAAAUAGAAGUCUGAAAAUUUUGCUUUAUUUGAAUUAGGAAUAGGAUUCAUUUUCUUUUAAUAUGUCCUGAUUCUGAGAUUCAUAAUAUAUUUUAGUAAAAGUGAGGUUAUUUAUACUAAAGCUUACAGAUUAGAUUAUA